AUGCUGGCCCCCGUCCUCCUCGUCUUCUUCUGCCUCAGAGCGCGUGCAGGCCUGUCUCCUCACUUCCUGCAACAGCCCGCUGACCUGGUGGUACUACUAGGGGAUGAGGCCCGGCUGUCUUGUGCCCUGGGUGCAUACUCAGGGUUGGUUCAGUGGACUAAGGAUGGGCUGGCUCUAGGGGGUGAAAGGGACCUGCCAGGGUGGUCCAGGUACUGGAUAUCAGGGAAUGCAGUCAUUGGCCAGCACGACCUCCACAUUAGGCCUGUGGAGCUAGAGGAUCAAGCAUCGUAUGAAUGUCAGGCUACACAAGCAGGCCUCCGCUCUCGACCAGCCCAAUUGCAUGUGCUGGUGCCCCCAGAAGCGCCCCAGGUGCUGGGCAGCCCCUCUGUGUCUCUGGUUGCUGGGGUUCCUGCAAAUCUGACCUGUCGGAGCCAUGGGGAUGCCCGCCCCAUCCCUGAGCUGCUGUGGUUCCGGGAUGGGGUCCGGCUGGAUGGGGCCACCUUCUACCAGACUCUGCUGAAGGACGGGACCACUGUGUCAGUGGAGAGCAUCUUAACCUUGACCCCUUCCAGCCAUGAUGAUGGAGCUACCUUGGUCUGCCGGGCCCGGAGCCAAGCCCUUCCUGCGGGGAAAGACACAGCUAUCACACUGAGCCUGCAGUACCCCCCAGUGGUGACUCUGUCUGCAGAACCACAGACUGUGCAGGAGGGAGAGAAGGUCUCUUUCCUAUGCCAGGCCAUGGCCCAGCCUCCUGUCACCGGCUAUCGGUGGGCAAAGGGAGGAUCCCCAGUGCUCGGGGCCCGAGGGCCAAUGUUGGAGGUCGUGGCAGACGCCUCAUUCCUGACUGCACCAGUGUCCUGCGAGGUCAGCAACGCUGUGGGUAGCGCCAACCGCAGCACCGCGCUGGACGUGCAAUUCGGACCAAUUCUGCAAGCAAAGCCAGAGCCGCUGUCUGUAGACACGGGGGAAGACGCUUCCUUCACCUGUGCCUGGCGCGGGAAUCCGCUCCCACGGGUAACCUGGACCCGCCGCGGGGGCGCGAAGGUGCUGGGCUCCGGGCCCACGCUGCGUCUUCCGUCCGUGGGGCUCGAGGAUUCAGGCGACUACGUGUGCAGAGCUGAGCCAGGGCUCUCGGGCCUGGGGGGCGGCGCUGCAGAGGCUAGGUUGACUGUGAACGCUCCCCCAGUAGUGACCGCCCUGCACUCCGCGCCCGCCUUCCUGAGUGGCCCCGCCCGCCUCCAGUGUCUAGUCUUCGCCUCCCCGGCGCCCGAAGCCGUGGUCUGGUCUUGGGAUGAAGGCUUCCUGGCGAAGGGGUCGCAGGGUCGGUUCCUGGUGGAGACGUUCCCAGCCCCGGAAGGCCGAGGGGGACAGGGUCCAGGUUUGAUCUCUGUGCUACACAUUUCGGGAACCCAGGAGUCCGACUUUAGUCGGGGCUUCAACUGCAGUGCCCGGAACCGGUUGGGUGAGGGAGGCACCCUGGUCAACCUGGGCCGUAGAGACUUGCUACCCACUGUGCAGAUUGUGGCUGGAGUGGCCUCCGCAGCCAUGACUCUCCUUAUGGUCAUCACUGGGGUGGUCCUUUGCUGCUGGCGCCACAGCAAGGCCUCAGCCUCUUUCCCCAAGCAAAAGAACCUGGUGCGAAUCCCAGGCAGCAGCCAUGGCCCCAGUUUGCGGGGCCCGGAGGAAGAGGAGACAGGCAGCAGCAAGGAACGGGGUCCCAUUGUGCACACAGACCACAGUGACCUAGUUCUGGAUGAGGCGGGGCCUCUGGAGACCAAGGACCCAACCAAUGGUUACUACAAAGUCCGAGGAGUCAGUCCAUGCGCGUCUCCAGACUCAUGUGUGACAUCUCUCCUACUGAAGAAUGCUGGGGUCUUCAACUUGCCAUAAUGGAUUGUCCAGAUUUGUGAGGAACCAGAACAAAUUGGCAACUUACUCCUUCAAAACUGAACAUUGAAGGGAGAGAUAGCUCAUUACUAUUGCCUGGGUCAUUGGUGUAUAGUUUGCUCAGCCAAAGGAGCUGCCCCAAGUGGGAGCAAGACGGCCACUAUGCCCACCGAUUCUCCUGUGUAAAAGAGUUGCAAGAUGCUCAGUGGGCCCUUUGUAGAGGAAUAGGGACAGGGGGUGAUGAGAGUUAGAGGCAGGGAUGGAAAUUGUUUCCAGACACUGAAAGAAGAUAUUUCAAGAUGACCAACUGCAUUGAGAAGAAAGGUGACAUAUGGCAGAUUAAGAUAGAGGCCGAACCAAGCCUUGUCCUGGCUCUCCCUGAGGGGCGCUUCGCUUGGCUAAUAGAAGUGCAGCCAAGAUGGCAAUUCAAUCCUUGGGAAGCCAAGAUGAUUCCUUCUUGAUUCCUUCCACCUUCCUUAUUCAAGGCCCUGGAAGAAUUGGGCCCAAGGAGUGAGGAUAGGGCGAGAUCUGUU